CGCUCCGCUCCGGAAAAGCAGCGAGUUGCAGUGAAACGCAGACUGAAGGGAGUGGAGGAGAGGAUGAAGCAGGAUGAUGGGAGCGAAUACUACUCCCUUUAAGUGACCCAUAUUUUACAGUAGACCUACAUAUUAUCUAGACUAGUUCCUGCUCUCGAGGAUUAUUCUCUAUCCACCAAGAUGUCGGCGUCGGCGAUAUUUAUCCUCGACCUGAAGGGAAAGGUGCUAAUCUGCCGUAACUACAUGGGGAACAUGGACAUGAAUGAGAUCGACCAUUUUAUGCCCAUCCUGAUGAAGAGAGAAGAGGAGGCGGAGAUGACACCUAUGGUCACCCAUGGCUCCUCACACUUCCUGUGGAUCAAACACAGCAACCUUUACUUGGUGGCGAUGACGAAGAAGAAUGCCAACGCUGCUCUGGUGUACUCCUUUCUUUAUAAAAUCAUCCAGGUAUUUAAGGAGUACUUUAAGGAGCUUGAGGAGGAGAGUAUUCGUGACAACUUUGUGACGGUGUACGAGCUGAUGGACGAAGUGAUGGACUUUGGUUUCCCUCAGACAACGGACAGCAAGAUCCUACAAGAGUACAUCACCCAGCAGGGUCAUAAAUUGGAGAUCGGGGCUCCUCGACCUCCUGCCACCGUCACCAACGCUGUGUCGUGGCGGUCAGAGGGCAUCAAGUACAGGAAGAACGAAGUCUUCAUGGAUGUCAUUGAGUCAGUCAAUCUACUGGUGAACGCCAAUGGCAAUGUGCUGCGGAGUGAAAUAGUGGGCACCAUCAAGCUCAACGUGGUCCUGUCGGGGAUGCCUGAACUCAGACUGGGCCUCAAUGACAAAGUGCUGUUUGAAAUCACAGGCAGAGAGAAGAGUAAGACAGUGGAGCUGGAGGAUGUGAAGUUUCAUCAGUGUGUCCGUCUGUCACGCUUCGAGAACGACCGCACCAUCUCUUUCAUCCCCCCCGACGGCGAGAGCGAGCUCAUGUCCUACCGCCUUAACACGACGGUGAAGCCUCUCAUAUGGAUUGAGAGUGUGAUUGAGAAGUUCUCUCACAGCCGUGUGGAAAUCAAGGUGAAGGCUCGAAGUCAGUUCAAGAGCCGCUCCACUGCCAACAAUGUGUCCAUUAUGGUGCCAGUGCCCAGUGAUGCUGACUCACCCAAGUUCAAGACCAGCACAGGCAGCGCCAAGUGGGUGCCCGAGAAGAACGCGGUGCAGUGGAACAUCAAGUCCUUCCCUGGUGGUAAGGAGUAUAUGAUGCGUGCGCACUUUGAGCUGCCCAGUGUGGACAGUGGUGAGCUGGAGGCAAAGAUACCAAUCACAGUUAACUUUGAGAUUCCUUAUUUCACGGUGUCUGGGAUUCAGGUGCGUUACCUUAAGAUUAUAGAGAAGAGCGGUUACCAGGCAUUACCAUGGGUGCGCUACAUCACACAAAGUGGAGAUUACCAGCUCCGGACAAACUAAAGGGCACAGAUGCUGCUAGACGAAUGGAUAUUUUCUCCCUCUGUCUGUCUUCCUCUCUCCUCUCCUCGCCUCGCCUCUCUCUGUUCCUCUGGCUCCCUGUCUGCCAUAUACAGCAGAGGACAAGCACAGGAGGACACAUGAAACUGGUCCCCAGCCUGCACAGAAACGAGACAUCAUCCCUUCCUAUAAGACUUUUUAAACUGAGACGGGAAAUACUGUUGCAUCACCUCUGACCUAUGAUUUUUCUAAGGGCUUCUCAGGACUCCAGCAAAAUGUUUUAUUAUGUGAAUAAUGAGCUGAUAACUUUGUGACACUGUCUGGUUCUGGCAAGCUCUCGAUUCAUCACUUUUAAUAGACUAUCCCUCAAGGUUAAUUUAGAGCACAAUUUGGGGAGGAAUCUAAAAUAAAUCCUCAGAGAUAACAUUUUAAAUAAUAAUAAAAGAAAUACAAUUUGGAGCGUUAUCUUUUUUCUUGUCCUUGGCCACUCAGAUGUGUAGCUUUUAUAACAGCCAAAACCAAAAUAUAGUGUACAGCCAAUAUACAGGAACUAUGAUGACUCAUUGUUAAUUUAUUUCUCAAAGGGACAGAGUACUUCAUGUGUCUAUAAAUCUAAAGUGUGCCAUCCUACCAGAUUUGUAUUGUUUUUCUGUAGAGAAGGUUGUUCCAUGCUUCUUUAAAUGCAAGGGUUAUUCUCCUUCAUGUGUUUUGUCCUUGCUUUAUAGUCCAGGAGUGCAUUAUAACUCUGUUAUUAAUCUUCAUCCCUCUCAGAGGCAUAUUCUUUUCCCGGAACCUUAAUAUCACAUAUUCAUCGCCUUAAAAAAAAUUCUAUGUAUCAUCACCUUUAGCACUGUGAACAUAAUCCCCAGUGAAGUGAAACUAACACCAGCGACCAGAUCAAUGAUUAAUAAGGCACAAUAUUGUCAGAGGCAUUGGCAGAGUAACACAAUACCAUCAACGUGCUCUCAUGGGGCCUGUAACCUUGUCCUUGUGCUCGCAAUCAGCUUGCCGCUUUGAGGCAGGGACUGAAGGAAUGAGCAUGGUGCAGAAUUUUUCUGUCAUCUGUUGUUUAUACUGUACUAGUUAGUCCCCUGUGGAAACUGCUUGAAGGGCAAAGCAGGGGAUGGAGGCGCAGAAUAAAGGUAAAAUAACCUGCGGGGACUUCUUUACAGAAUCUGAGAAUAUAGCUUACAUGUUGAGGUAAUUGUUUUUCCAUGACCCUUUUUUUCCCCAAUAUAUAUUCAGUAUGUUGGCCUCUGCAGCCCCAUCAACUUUUUUAAAGUGGUGUGUGGUGGGAUUCACUCCCUCUGUUAUGCAUGUAUUGCACCACAUCAGUUCAGCUGCUCUGCAAACAGCAAAAAGGGUCCUGUGUGGAUUUAUUGCAUCUCUGUGACGGAGCCUUCUUUUACAACCAUUCAAUUUUAUUGUGGGGACAUUUUUUCUGCAACUAAUGAGCAUUUUCAAUAAGUGUGUGUUUUAAUGUGUUCACUUUAAUUUAUCUAACUACUAUUUGUCAUUGGGAAACAAAGGGAUAUAUUUGGAAAUUAAACGUUUUUUUUUAUCUUG